UGUCAACUCAAACACUUGUCAUCAGCUUUUCCCGACACUUCGUCAUACUUUACGACGUUUUCACUCGGAUGUGUAGCGCGCAUGCGCACGGCGUCCCUAGCUGGAUUGGGCGGGUAAUGGCAGAGAUUUCUCACAACCAAAAUAAUAUUAAAAAAGUAAUUUGUCGGGGUUGGGGGUAAAGUAUAUCAAUUUUAACGUUUUAUAGCAGCGCUUUGGUGCUUGUUCGUCAGAGUGGGAAUUAUGUGGUGGCCUUGUUAGUUGGUGUAGCUUCGGAGCUAAUAGCUCACUUGGCAUGUUUGGGUCCAGCAGUUAGUUUAUUUGCUAUCAAAAGCAGUGAGAGAGCAUAACUCAACAGCAGCCGUGUUUGCUGUGGAGGCCUCCCUGCACUGCCCACCCUGAGGGGGAGGAGAAAAAAUGAUGUUACCAGAUUCGGACGCAGACACGGUGGCUCAAAAUGCUUCGGGCGGUCAAGGCAAAGAGGGCGAGGGAAAGAAAGAGGAAACGCUGUCCCUGGAUGACUGUCGAUGUCCAGUGUGCUUGGAGAUGUUUCUGGAGCCGGUGACGCUACCUUGCGAGCAUACCUUUUGCAAGGUCUGCUUCCUGGAGUCUGUAGACAAGAGCACUCUGUGUUGCCCCAUGUGCCGCAAGCGCGUAUCCACGUGGGCCCGCCUGAACAACAGGAACAAGACACUGGUCAACGAGCAGCUCUGGACGCAGAUCCGGAACAGCUUUCCGCAGCACUGCCAGAGACGCCUCAGUGGGCAGGACGUCAUCAACAACGACCUGGCCGUUUUUGUCCCAAGGGUGAGUGAGCCUGGAGAGCUGAGACAAGAAUAUCAGGAUCAAAUGAGCAAACUGUGGGAGGAAAAGCGAAAGCUAGACGAGGAGGAGCGACGCGCCAGUGAGGAGUUCAUCCAAAGACUCCUGGCUGAGGAGGAGGAAAAAGAGAAGCGCAUUAGGCUACAGGAUGAGAUCCUGGCCAGAGUGCUCAGCAGUGAACUGAACAGCAAACCUAUUUCCCACAAAAAACCCGCUGUCGUCACACCAGCCCGCAAGAAGGUGAACGUAGGACAGAUAGAAAAGUUCUUGUAUCGACUUCCGUCCAAGUCGAGCCCGUCAGACUGCAGCCCGGCGAUCACUUUGAUUUCAAACAGGGACGGUCAAAGAUAUGAGAACAUCCUCCUCUCCCGUGAGCCAAGCCCCCCUCAUGCAGACAUCUCGGAGCUUCAACGGGACAGAGCGGAAUCUCCUAGCCCCUGUCCCGCCUCUUUUGCGGAGGAGCCGCGCCACAGUCAGAGCAUUUACGCCGAUGAAGGAACAUCUAAAAGAAAAUACCCUGAGCACGAAGAGCAGGACGACGAUUCUCUUACAGAACAGGGGCGUCGCUUUUCUUCCUCUUCGUCUGCUAGCACGUCUUCGUCCGUGGCGCUGUAUUCAGAAUGGGAAGCCCAGCUAGCGAGCCGCCGUCAGCAGGAAGAGGCCGACCGGAAAAUGGCACUAUUGCUGCAGAAGGAGAUCAACCAGGAGGAGAAGCAGAAAAACACAGACCGCAGGAAAGGCUCGGUCGACGCCUACCUACUCAGGCGGGACUCCCAGAGGAGAACCUCUUGGACAAAUAAAACCUCCGACGAAUCGACAUCUUCUUCCUCCUCCUCUUCCUCUCUGGAAGCCUCAACCUCUACCCACCAAAACUAAGGCAAUUCACAGUCCAACCUCAUUGACAGGUUUCCUGGUUUGGGCAUUUUAAGCUCCUCUCCAAAAUGGACCCCGCCUUCAAUGCUUUGACAGCAUCUCAAAACCAGACGCCUUAUUUAUUAAGUGAAUUUUUGCCACCAUCUGGUGGCAUUCCAUAGAAGGGUACAUGAACCCCCAGGUUUUUUGGGGGUACUACCUUCCUUUCCUCACUAAAAUGUCACCUUUCAGUUUUUGGGACCUAACGCAAAUAUGUUAUGUUGCCAGGUUUUGUGGCACUUAAGUUUCACUGCCCCAUUUGGCAUGAAUAGAUUCACCCAUUUAUAGUUUUUGGCGAGCACCACCCACCAUCCCCGUUUUUUCUGCCAUCCCUUUACCCACUCCAGGAACUACACUGAUCCAACCUUGUUCAUUUUUUAAUUAAGUUCUGAUCCGGUUCUCGGAAAGUUUUAGCCCCUGUGAUGUCACUUUCUGUUUGGGCUGCUGCUACUUGUGAAUUUUUGCAUAAAAUAAAACAUAAAUGUCAAAGAAAUGGCUUGGUGGUUUUUAUUGGAUUAAAAAAGAUGGCGGUUUUCACAUGAGAAAAAGCGCAAAUUGUGUAUUUUUGCGUACAGGAAAUUUUUUGGGGCUAUUGACGGCACUACACGUCCAAUCCAUAUCGCAGAAAAUACAUUGGACACCUGGCGUCGUCAAUGGUAUGGAAAGUUCAG